ACGAAUUAAACAAAAACAUGUAAUUGAGUCGAUGUGACGUUUCCUGUCAUAAAACCAACUUAUUUACUAUUCUAUGACACUUCCGCGUUGGCUUUUCCGCCACGCUUUUGACAGUACUUCCGCUACACGUUCGUCUUCCUGUACCGUGACUAUCAGCCAACACCUGCAGGUUGACACAGGGCAGUAAAAAAUGGCCAACGACAUGAUUGAGAACAUCACUAAGGUUCUGGUGCAGUCCGCCAAGCUGGUGGAGGAUCAAGUGGAUGCAGAGUUGACCAAACUCAAUGAAAUGGAUGAAGAUGAUUUUGAGAGAAUGAGGGAAAGACGAUUAGAUGCACUGAAGAAAGCCCAGAAACAGAAGCAGGAGUGGUUAUCUAAAGGUCAUGGAGAGUAUCGUGAAAUUCCGAGUGAAAAGGAAUUCUUCGGCGAGGUCAAAGAGAGCAAGAACGUCGUCUGCCAUUUCUAUAGAAACUCAACCUUCAGAUGUAAGAUCCUGGACAAACACUUGUCCCUCCUGGCAAAGAAACAUGUGGAGACCAAAUUCAUCAAACUCAAUGUGGAAAAGGCACCCUUCCUCACGGAGCGGCUGCGCAUUAAAGUCAUCCCCACCCUGGCGCUGCUCAUUGACGGGAAAUCAAAGGACUACGUGGUCGGAUUCAGCGAUCUGGGUAACACAGACGAGUUCAGCACAGAGAUGCUGGAGUGGCGACUUGGCUGUGCCGAUGUUAUUAACUACAGUGGUAACCUGAUGGAGCCACCUACAGCCACACAGAAGUCCCACUCCAAGUUCACCAAGGUGGAGAAGAAAAGCAUCCGAGGGCGAGGCUAUGACACAGACUCUGAUGAUGAUGACUGAGGAACAUCUGAGAGAAUGUAUGGCUCCUCUCUCUGGGCUACCUCGUUUUUAUAGUCACAUAGUCAGCCCACAGUCUCCACGUUGGAUGACCCAUUUGUCUUUGGUGACAGGAUGUUUGCUUGCUUUCAUUGUUAGAGAGGAACAUGACCAUUAUUGUUAGGUGGAAGACUGCUAAGCUCAUUAAUACUGAGCUGGUCUCUCUGCCAUUCUUGUUCUGACAAUUUGUGGCUUUGUUUGGUCAACAAGUUAUUCCUCCUGACAUCUUGUUUCAAAAUAUUUUUACUCAUUUCCAUGUAGCAAGUUUGACCAAUUAGAGAUUGAACUCAUUAAACCAUUUGUGUAUAAA